AUGGGGUCGCACACGCUCACGGCACCCGUGCGCGUGUUCUCGUGGACCGCGCGUCUCCUGGAGCUCGUCUUCCUGGCGCUGCUCAUCACCUUCGUCGCCUACCUCUCCAAGGACCAGACCGCCGCGCCGCUCGCCGUGUACGGCGGGCUGUCCGCGUGCUUCAACUGCGACAACGGCUGGAACUGGCACGUGCUACUCAUGGGCAUCGCCUUCGGCAUCGCCAUGACCGAGUCCCUCCUCACCUUCUGCUCCUCCUCUCUCAGCGCCUUCCGCAUCGCCAUGACCGAAUCCCUCCUCACCUUCUGCUCCGGCUCUCUCAGGGCGACCGGGUAUGCCAAGUGGGUGCAUCUGGCGUGGCAGACGAUCGCACUCAUUCUGACGGCAGUGGCGAUGGCGGCUAUUAUUGUCGCCAAGGGGACGGAGCACAAGCACAUGUACUCUGUGCAUACCUACUGUGGCGUGCUCACGCUCGCACUCUUUGCUGUCCAGUUCUUUUGGGGGCUGUGUGCGUUCGUGCUGUUGAAGAGCCGCGUGCUCGAUGAUUUGCAGGGUGUUGUGAAGAAUUCUGAAAAGCACCCUGCUGUGUGCCAUUCUGUGUACAUGCCUGCUGCCCUCUCCCCUCCCCUCUCUCCGCACUGCAGUUCUUCUGGGCCCUGUUUUUUUUGGGGGCUGUGUGCGUUUGUGCUCUUCAAAAGCCGCCUGUCGGAAGCCACGCGGUACCAGAUGGGCACCUACCACAUCCUGCUCGGCAAGUUCACCUACUAUGCUGGCAUCGGCACGUGCGUGAUGGGCACGUACCACAUCAUCCUGCUCGGCAAGUUCACCUACUAUGCUGGCAUCGGCACGUGCGUGGUGAGUGUGACACUGCAGGUAGUACCACUGAGCAUUCUGUCACUGCCGCACUGCACUGUGUGGGUGCUGAAGCCACGCGUGGUCGCUGCGCUGUUGGUGCUCGCGCUGACGGGGCACGGCCAGGAUCAAGGCCAAGCGACCAAAAUAGCGCACCUCGAGCAUCCCGACCCACCCACACCAGCCCAUCUCCCCUCAGCUAAUGCGACAGCAAAACCAAACCACACGCUCGUUCCUCCCCCGACCAUCGCGACUGGGGCAGCAUCAUCUCUCCCCGCAGGGGUGCUGUCAGAUAGCGCCGUCCCCAGGCAGUACCUCGCCGGCGCGGCAGCGGUGGGCGGCAGUGGCGGCAGCGGCGGAAGCGCGUCGGUGCAGGAGAUUUACGCGAAGCUGACGGGGCGACAGGUGGUGCCGGCGCGCGGAGAUCCCAAAGCCUACGGCUUCCUGAACGCCACCAUCCAUAGAGAUUCCAGCGGAGCGCUCCGGCUGGAAUACAAGGUGAUCAUCAUCGGGCUCUCGCGCGACGCGCCGCCGCGGAAGAUGAGCGCGCACCGCGGGAGGAAGGGCGAGGCGGGCGCGCACCAUGAGCGCCUCCUGGACCUGCCGUGCGGCCCCACGGGGCGCCGCGCCGGUCGCCACGCCGCAGAUAGCGCUUCCCUGACGGUGACCUGCGCUGGCGCGGUCGGGGGGAGCGCGGAGGAGCUGCGCGUCGAAACGGGGAGGGGCGCGGGGGAACACGAGGCGGGGAAGGGUGACCGUUUCGGUAACACUACUGGUAGUACCAGUAAUGAAGCUAGUACUACCUACUUCGCGUCGAGUGAGCGAGACCAGCACUUGCUUUGGGAUGCGGUGCGGGUGAUUCUGCAAGAGCCGGAGAGUUAUUAUGUGACAGUCAGUACCACGCAUUACGCCGGCGGCGCCAUUCGCGGGCAGCUCGGGAGGGUGUUCGGGCAGGAAGUGUAA